AUGGGAACAGCAAGGUGGAAAACUGAAGUGAUUGACAGCCUUUUUAUUCCUCAAGAAGCUGAAUUAAUCAAGAGUAUUCCUUUGAGUGCUACUCUACCAGCAGAUAAAAUUGUUUGGGCUGAAACUACCAAUGGAAAUUUCACUGUUAGGAGUGCUUAUAAAUUAGCGCCUAGUUUGUUUAAAUCUACAACCUGUGGAACUACUUCUGAUGGUAGUUUAUUGAGGAAGUUUUGGAAGAAAAUUUGGUCUUUGCCCGUUCCUCAUAAGGUGCGACACUUUUGUUGGCGUGCUUGCCGUGACACUUUACCAACCAAAGUUAAGUUAAAGAGGCGUAAUGUCAUUGCUGAAGACCUGUGUGUUUGCUGUCAUGGUAUGGCUGAGACAACUGGUCACGUUUUUUGGGGCUGUACUAAAGCACAGGAGACUUGGGCUGCAACAAAAUUACAACUUCUGCCUGCGGAUGUUCAUAUUGACUCGUUUCAAGAUCUACUAUGUAACAAGAAUGAGAUUCAUUAUGGUGGUGAAGCCAAAACAGGUCCGGCCUUGGCUCUUUGGGCAGCAAAUUAUCUUCUGGAAUAUCGGUCUGCAGUGGAUUUAGAUACUGCUGUUGCAUCAGACCCGAUUUUGCACUUACCUGAAGCACAGCCACGGUUUGCAGUGGAUUUAGAUACUGCUGUUGCAUCAGACCCGGUUCUGCACUUACCUGAAGCACAGCCACGAUGGAGCUCUAUUUACAUCAAAGAAGCAAGCGGGAAUUGGUGUUGUGCAGAAAAUUUAAAGCUCCAUUGGGGACACUUGAAGUGGAAACUAAAGCCUAUUGAGGCAGAUCUGUUACUAGCAAGAAAUUUGGGGUUGCGAGAUGGGGUGUUGGAAGGUGAUUCUUUGACAAUAUCCAAUGCUGUCAAACGAUCUGCACUAUCGCCCACCUCUGUUGCUGCUAUUGUGGAAGGCAUUCAUGAGUUAGGUGCUGAAAUUGGUGUUGUCAAUUUUUCUCAUGUACGCAGGACUGGCAAUAAGCCAGCCCACAUUCUAGCAAGACAAGCUCAAAACCUUGUCAAUGAUAUCAUUUGGAUUGAAGAGAUUUCUUAUUAUAUUCAACAAGCUCUUAUCCAGGAUGUUCUUGUAUUGUGA